UCUUCUUUCUCUCUCUUAUCUUUCUUCUUUAGCUUUUGUAAAACAAAGUUCAAAUAUAAGAAGUGUCUGUGUUGAGAAUCAAGAAGAAGAAAUGGAAUUUGCAAACAAGAACGGUAAUGGCCAUGUCUCAAUCUGCCACGAAGACCCUUUGAAUUGGGGAAUGGCAGCGGAGUCUCUCAAGGGAAGCCACCUCGAUGAAGUGAAGCGGAUGGUGGCUGAGUACCGUAAGCCAAUCGUUAGACUCGGUGGUGAGACACUCACCAUCGCUCAGGUGGCGGCGAUUGCCGCACAGGAUGCUUCCGGUGGUGGCGUAACGGUGAAGAUCUCGGAGUUGGUGAGGGCUGGAGUUAAUGCGAGCAGCGAUUGGGUUAGGGAGAGCAUGAACAAAGGGACAGAUAGCUAUGGUGUUACUACUGGGUUUGGUGCAACUUCACAUAGGAGGACCAAACAAGGAGGUGCCCUUCAGAAAGAGCUCAUCAGGUUCUUGAAUGCGGGAAUCUUUGGGAAUGGAACGGAAUCUAGCCACACGUUGCCACACUCAGCCACAAGGGCAGCCAUGCUGGUGAGAAUCAACACCCUACUCCAAGGCUACUCAGGCAUCCGAUUCGAGAUCUUAGAAGCCAUCACCAAACUCCUAAACAACAACAUCACUCCAUGCUUGCCACUGCGUGGGACUAUCACUGCCUCUGGAGAUCUCGUCCCUCUAUCUUACAUCGCAGGGCUCUUAACAGGCCGUCCAAACUCCAAGGCAAGGGGCCCAGAUGGGGACUGGCUUGAUGCUGCUGAGGCCUUCCGCGCUGCUGGAAUCGACCGUGGAUUCUUUGAGUUGGAGCCCAAGGAGGGUUUGGCCAUGGUCAAUGGAACCGCAGUGGGGUCCGGAAUGGCAUCGAUGGUCCUCUUCGAAGCUAACAUCCUGGCCGUCCUUGCAUCAGUUCUGUCAGCAAUCUUUGCGGAGGUGAUGCAAGGCAAACCGGAGUUUACGGACCAUCUGACACAUAAACUAAAGCAUCACCCAGGUCAGAUCGAGUCAGCGGCGAUCAUGGAACACAUCUUGGACGGUAGCGCCUAUGUUAGAGCAGCAAAAAAGUUACACGAGAUGGAUCCCUUGCAAAAGCCCAAGCAAGAUCGAUACGCCCUCCGUACAUCUCCCCAGUGGUUGGGCCCACUGAUCGAAGUGAUCAGAACGUCUACAAAGUCCAUCGAACGGGAGAUCAACUCCGUGAACGACAACCCUCUGAUCGACGUGUCAAGAAACAAGGCCCUCCACGGUGGCAACUUCCAAGGGACACCGAUUGGUGUAUCCAUGGACAAUACCCGCUUGGCCAUCGGUUCCAUCGGAAAACUCAUGUUCGCCCAAUUCUCCGAAAUGGUCAACGAUUUCUACAACAAUGGUCUUCCCUCUAAUCUCUCCGGUGGCCGGAACCCUAGUUUGGAUUACGGCUUCAAGGGCGCCGAGAUCGCCAUGGCCUCUUACUGCUCAGAGCUACAAUUCUUAGCCAACCCAGUGACCAACCACGUCCAGAGCGCAGAGCAGCACAACCAAGACGUGAACUCCUUGGGUCUCAUCUCUUCCCGGAAGACAGCCGAAGCAGUGGACGUCUUGAAGCUCAUGUCAUCCACAUUCUUGGUUGCUCUGUGUCAAGCCGUAGACCUGAGACACUUGGAGGAGAACUUGAAACAGACAGUGAAGAACACGGUGAACCAAGUGGCAAAGAAGGUUCUGACCAUGGGAGUAAACGGGGAGCUUCACCCAUCAAGAUUCUCCGAAAAGGAUCUACUCAAGGUGGUGGAUCGGGAGCAGUUGUUCGCCUACAUCGACGACCCAUGCAGUGCCACUUACCCACUCAUGCAGAAGCUGAGGCAGGUACUGGUGGAGCACGCGCUGAGCAACGGCGAGAAUGAGAAGAACGCCGGGACUUCCAUCUUUCAGAAGAUUAGUGCGUUCGAGGAGGAAUUGAAGGCGGUUUUGCCGAAAGAAGUGGAAGCGGCUAGGAGCGAGGUGGAGAGCGGGAAAGCGGCGAUCCCGAACCAGAUCGAGGAGUGCAGAUCGUACCCACUUUACAAGUUUGUUAGGGAAGAGUUGGAGACUGGAUUGCUUACAGGAGAGAAGGUGAGGUCGCCUGGAGAGGAUUUUGAUAAGGUGUUCACGGCGAUGUGCGAGGGGAAGAUGAUCGAUCCUCUACUCCAUUGUCUCAAGGAAUGGAACGGAGCUCCUCUUCCAAUUUGCUAGUUUCAGCGACCUCUACUCCUAGGUCAAACCCUUUACAAUUACUAUUACUAUUACUUUCAGGAAGGAACUAUUCCUUUUUCAAUUUCUCACUAUUCUUCGGUUCAACCUUCUUAAUAAAUAAUAUCAUAUUCUUCUAAUUUUGUUCCUCUUCCUCUUCCUCUUCCUCUUCCUCUUCCAAUCUCCUAGUUUCAGUUGCCAAACUCAGAUUGAUCUGAAUUGGACAUAUGGGCAAGGAAUCUAUUUGUCUCCGACAAAUCAGCUCCAUUAUACUUUGCUUGUGAUGUGGAUCUACCAUCUCCAAUGAUCGGAACUGUUCAACUGGUGGGCCAGAUCUUUUAAAAUGGUCCUAGAUAAAACAUCAUGAUGCUCCCUGGUUGAGGAUAA